UACUCCCUCAAGACACGAGGAUCAGCAAUAUUAUUUGUAUAUGCAUCUGUAGAAAAACGAAUGAAUACGGUGUUAGUUGAGGAGUUAAGUUUUAAUAAAGUUCGAAAUGCAGCGAGAGGAGAAGCAGCUGGAUUCAGCUUUGGAAGCUAUUAUAAUGAGGGUAAACGACUUGAAAACUGCGAUUGCUUCAAUGAUAUCCAAGUUGGAACACGAAUAUGACAUGUUAAAUUGGCCAAAUUUCCUUGACAAUUUCGCACUUAUCUCAGGACACCUGACUAGUCUUUCGAAGAUCCUUGGACAUGACAAGGCACCAAAUUUAAGGAAUCUAACUGUUCUGCCGUUACGAUUAAGCCCAGAGAAGGAUGAAGAUCUGCUUCGGUUAACCGAGAAUAGAAUACCUACGUUUGCACAUGAUUUGGUACCGGACUAUCUGCGAACCAAGGUGGAACCACAGGCCGAGCAAAAAAUGAUGCAGCUCGAGGCAAAAGCUGCUAAUUUAAAUUAUGAAACGUCGCAUGACUGCAAUAAACAAGUGGCUCAAUACACGAAAGUUAUUAAUCACGUAUGGGAUAUAGCGAACAAGGCGCGCGAGGAAUGGGAAAGUGAAGCUGGUUCCAGGGCAACUCAGGCCCAGACCAGCAGUACAGCUGACACUCAUGCUCUCGUCGCAGCUGUUGGCAUGGGCAAAGGUCUAAAGACCGAUUCCGUUCAGAUGGUACAGUCUGGUGUGAACUCCGUGCCCAGCGGAAUGAUGGUAGGCAGGCCCGGAAGCCAGCAGCAAACUCCUGGACAAGGAUCUAUAGUGGGACAAAUGAGUAAAGCUCCGAGCGCUAUCAAGACUAACAUUAAAGCAGCAUCACAGAUUCAUCCGUAUAGAUAAAAAUUCAUCUUUUACAACUCGAUGCUAAUUCAGCUGGAAUACCACCGACCACUUUCGCUUCGAUUUAUACUUCCGACAUUUGUACAUAAUCAUUCUUGUUAAAGAAAUCUGUACAUACCGUGAAAAUAGAAAUAUAAUUUAUAGUAUUUAUUA